CAUAAAAUUGAGAGAAAAACUUCCAUCCAACCUUCACAAAGAAAGAUAGAUCAUAGAAACACAAAAAUCACAGUAGAAGCAACAGAGCCUUGGCUCCUACACCUCCCUCUUCAUCUUUAGAGUAUGUCAACAACAGUGCAAUCUCCAUCCACCUCAGCAGGUGUUAUCAAAGACACUUUCCUAUGGAGGAGGAAGAAGUUGAGCUUAUCAGUCCUGGCUACUGCAACAGCGACAUGGGUACUGCUAGAAGUGUAUCAAUUCAACUUCCUUACUGUCGCCUCGUGGCUGGGCAUAUCGAUUGUCGCCUCAAUGUUUCUUUGGGGAAACCUUCUCAGAAUUCUCCGCAAAAAAGAGCCGGACAUGUCCGGUUUGGAAGUUUCAGAGCAGUGGGCAACGGAAGCAGCAAACACCUUUCGAGGAUGGAUGGAAGAAGGGGUACGAUGGGUAUUUCGGGUAGGUGCGGAGAGACAAUGGUAUGUAUCUGUUGCAGUGGUUUCUGGUUUGUGGGUUCUCUCUUUGCUGGGUAGUUUGGCCGAUUUCCUUACUCUCCUCUAUAUUGGUAUUGUUGCAGGGAUGACAGCUCCAGUCAUUUAUGUGAGGUACGAGUAUAAGAUAAAAGAGUGUGGGGAGAAGGCGAUGGUGCAGGGGAGAAAAUUAUAUGACAUGGUUGAUGACAAGGUAUUCAGAAAAAUGAAGCACAAUGUUUUCCAAAGUAAAGAAAAGAAGGUUGAGUAGUUUGUUGGGAAGAAUAUAGACUGUCUCCACACACAAUUCUUGGUAAAGCCAAGUAUAGAUAGAUAAUCAGUUUGCAUUGCUUCUAUUCUUUUCUUUCUCCCUACCUUUCAUGGAUGUAUGGAUCAUGGAUGGACCACCUAUAGUAAAGAGAAUUCUAUUACAGCUUGCAUUGCUUCUAAUCUUUGA